CCCGGAGGAAACCCACGCCAACACAGGGAGAACAUGCAAACUCCACACAGAAACACCAACUGACCCAGCCGAAGACUCGAUCCAGUGACCUCCUUGCUGUGAGGCGAUUGUGCUACCCACUGCGCCACUGUGCUGCCCCAUCUCUUGUGGGAGAUAAAAACACAACUGAUGCAAACUCUUCAUGAAAAGAAACAUAUUGUCUCUUCAAAGUUUCAUCAAAAUCUUGUGUUUAUGAAGGUGACUUAAACGCCGUUAUCACGACUUGUUAACUCGUAACAAUGAACAUCCAAAGACGACUUGAACACAGAUGCAGAACUACAGGCUGGAAGAAGCCACCUAGCAACCGCAGAGCAACCUUAAAUGCAUUAUUCCUCAUAACCUAUACAGCACUUUACACAAAAACUACACACUUCAAGAGUUCACACUAUCCCAUCUUUGCAUUUUGAACCUCGCCUCGACAAGAUGCAGACUGAUGUAAGUGUCUGUAGCCGACCCACCGUAAUAAGCUAAUAAAUCACAGAGACGGUCAUUUCUCUCCUGUUUCACUCAUACUAAAUUAAUCAACUUUUUACAGUGGACCACUGUGCUUCCCUAUCGUCAUUAAGGACACCGGCUCAAAAUGUAAUACCUAACAGCCACUUUACGGUAACUUUAAGAUAAUUUAAGACCUUAAUUUCCCGGAUUUAACUUUAAGACAUUUUAAAGACCCGCAGGAACCCUGACUAGUCUACAAAACUUGCCUUUAUUGCAGUAUUUUUAUAUAUUUAGAUCAAAAACGUGACAAAAAUGCUCAGUAAGAAAAGCAUCAGCAGUCCUGAAGGGUUUAGUGUGUUUGAUAGCAUAAGGAGGUGUGUGUGUGUGUGUGUGUGCUGUUGUUCAGUGAGGGUCACAGUCGGCUGAUCAGGGACAAAGACUGUAGAAGGAUGUUCUGUCAGCAGUAAAAUCAGAUGUAGGUCACCGUUCGAGCCCGCGGAGCCCAGAGCCAAACACACAAACACUGACGCCCGCGGCUAACACAUGACCACUUCCCAUCAGCGCACACACACACACACACACACACACACACACACACACACGCUCAUUUACACACAAACAAAUACAGAAUACACAAGUGCAAACAUUAAACACACACACACACAUGCUCAUCUAUACAUACACACACAGAAUACACGUGCAAACCUUAAAAACACACACGUAUGCUCAUCUACACACACACACACACACACACACACACACACACACAAAUUACACACGUGAACACAUUAAAAACACACACAGCACACACACAUACACAUGGUCAUCUACACACACACGCUCAUUUACACACAAACAAAUACAGAAUACACAAGUGCAAACAUUAAACACACACACACACAUGCUCAUCUAUACAUACACACACAAAAUACACGUGCAAACCUUAAAAACACACACGCAUGCUCAUCUACACACACACACACACACACACAGAAUACACGUGCAAACCUUAAAAACACACACGUAUGCUCAUCUACACACACACACACACACACACACACACACAGUACACAUGCAAACCUUAAACUCACUUACAUGCUAACAUUAAAACACACAACACACAGAUAUGCUCAUCUACACACACACACCCACACACACGCUAUUCUACACACCCACCGAAUAUACAUGCACAAACAUCAAACACACACACACACACACAUACACACAUGUAUGCUCAUCUACACACUCACAGAAUACACAUGUGCACACAUUAAACACACACAACACACAGAUAUGCUCAUUUACACACACACACACACACACACACACAUCAGCAUCUCUGUAUUCUCCUGUGUUUGACAUGACCUGGACACAAACACACACAGACACACACACACACACACAUUAUCUGAAUGUUCUGAAUGUGUGAUUGUGUGAUCUGUGUGUUUCUGUUCUGUGUGACUCUUUAAUGAUGAUGAUGAUGAUGAUGAUGAUGAUGAUGAUGAUGAUCCUCCUCUGGUGUGUGACCUGAUGUUAUGAUGACAUUAACACUGAUGUGGAGUGUGUCCAUCUGCUCUUCAGCUCUGCUCAUGUGAAGGAUGUGGAGUGCAACGCUUGUGUUUGUGUGUGUGAGUGUGAGUGUGUGUGUGUGUGUCGCUGGCUUUUAUAAACUGAUUUAUAUUCAUGAUGUAAUAAACACUUUGAUUUAAA